ACUAACUGCGGCUCCCUGACGACUGUGUCAGUCAGUCGGUCGAUGGUUCCGCUGCUGAGCGGAAAAAACGGGCGAAAAGAUUUUUUAAAUUGGCACCAAGAAGAAAAAAACAAUUCUCCAGUUGAACAUCAAAUCCUCGAGGGCAAGAAAAAAACCGUUUAAGCCUCCCAACUGUGGCAUGAAGCUCUGACAGUCAUCUCCACUAAAGGCUUCAUAUAGGCCCCAAAAAACUGAGUGAAACUUAGAGCAGCAGCGAUGUCGGGCUCCUAUGACGACUCCAUGAUCGAUGUCUCCAGUGACAGUUUCUGGGAGGUUGGUAACUACAAGCGCACAGUUAGACGGGUCGACGAUGGCAACCGGCUCUGUAACGACCUGAUGAACUGUCUGCAUGAGCGGGCACGUAUUGAAAAGUCGUAUGCACAGCAGCUCACAGAAUGGGGCAAGCGCUGGCGGCAACUCGUAGAGAAAGGUCCUCAGUACGGAACAUUGGAGCGUGCUUGGACCGCUCUGUGCACCGAGGCGGAGAAGGUGAGCGAGCUCCACAUGGAGGUGAAGGCAGCGCUGAUGGGAGAAGACUACGAGAAGCUUAAGAACUGGCAGAAGGACUCGUACCACAAGCAGAUGAUCGGUGGCUUCAAAGAGACAAAAGAGGCCGACGACGGCUUCCGCAAGGCCCAGAAACCCUGGGCCAAGAAACUAAAAGAGGUGGAGACGGUGAAGAAAACGUAUCAUUCCGCCUGCAAAGAGGAGAAGCUGGCAGCCAGCAGGGAAACCAACAGCAGACUAGAGAGCAACAACAACCCAGAAGCCCAGAAGAAGCUCCAGGAAAAGGUGGAGAAGUGUCAGCAGGAGGUGCAGAAGACUAAAGAACGCUACGAGAAAUCCAUUGAGGAGCUCGACAAGUUGACUCCCCAGUACAUGGAGAACAUGGAGCAGGUGUUCGAGCAGUGGCAGCAGUUCGAAGACAAGCGCAUCCGCUUCUUCAGAGAGCUGCUGAUGGAGGUCAAACAGCACCUGGACCUCUCCACCAAUCACAAAUUCCAGACAAUUUACCACACGAUGGAGGACACAAUCUCUGCCACUGACGCUGAAGAGGACUUGAAGUGGUUCCGGUCCAAUCACGGCCCCGGCAUGCCGAUGAACUGGCCCCAGUUCGAGAAUGAGGGCUGGUCUCAUCCUCGCUCGAGAUGGUCCAUUGUAGACUGGUCAAUAGACCUGAACCGAACCCUGAGCAGACGAGAAAAGAAGAAGCCCUCGGAGGGCAUCACACUGACGGGCAUCAGUCAGACCGGAUCAGACCAGCCCGUUCAGCCUGUCAAAACCAGCAACAGCCUGACUGUGCCCACUAAAACAGCGCCAGCGGCCCCGAACCCCUUUGACGAAGACGAGGACGAGGAGGAAGAGGAAAUGGCCGUGGUGGAGCAGGAGACCACAGUCAACCACAUCAGUGUGAAUAAAGAGGAAAUUAAAACUGUGAGCAGUAUGGAGAAGACUGCAGACUGGUCGGACGAAGACACAGGUGGCGGUAACCCGUUCUCCGCCAACGGCGACGGGAAUCCGUUCGAGGACGAGCCAGCUUCUCCGGUCGUUUCCGUGGCUGUCAGAGCACUUUACGACUACGAAGGACAGGAGCAGGACGAGCUGAGCUUCCAAGCAGGGGAUGAAUUAACCAAAAUUGGCGAGGAAGACGACCAGGGUUGGUGCAAAGGCCAGCUCAAGGGAGGACAAACGGGCCUAUAUCCUGCUAACUAUGUGGAAGCCAUCCAGUAAUGAAACGUCACAGAUGAUGAAAACAAAUGUGAAGAAGGAUGAAGGAAGUUGUUUUGUUGAGAAAUGACAGUGUGGCCUCAGCCUUGUUUUUUUUUUUUUUUUCAUCGUUCGUCACCCUGUCGGUGGAGACUGGACUGGACAGGAGUGGGAGGAUGACAUGGAGGAGAGGCUGCGGAUCAUGACAAAAAGGAAACCACUCGAGAUAUUGUUGCUUUGACCCUCGUAGAAACUAAAGCACACAGGUGGAAAUUAGCCACGAGUUUUCAGAUGAUUCCAGUCAGGAAGAUAACAGAGAAAAAAAUUGCUGUCAGCGUAAAAAAACAUGUUACUCAAAAUCCCAUUUAUGCUGUUACAAAAAAAACUUAGGUAUUCAAGUAUAUAUAUAUAUAUAAUAGAUAAGACUAAAUGAACUUUAUGUGUGAAUUUAUAUAUAUUGUUGUAAUGAAACACUGGGAUCAAACUCUGACAAAUCGUCUGGCGAUGUUAGCCACGCAGCCUGAAUAUGGAUUCAUUAAGGGAGAUGACCCCUUUUUUAAAAAAAAACAUGAUUAAUUAAUUUCUGUUUGAUCCAUAAAUGUUUAAUAAACGUUUUGAUCUUUUGGACACAAAAAAAAUCACUUUAUAUCGAGUUUAUUGUGUCAGAUUUAAGUUGAUUUUUAAAAGUCGUGCGCAUAUUGUCGUUCCUUUCAGGGUUUUGAUUUUCUAUUCAGUUCUUUAACUGUUCGGGGUGUUUGUUUUUUAUAAGGAAUGAUAGAGACGGCUCCAGCCUCAUCCUCACAAUCCUCGGUUAGCUCACAGCGGGAUAGGUUCCCCCCGAGUCACUGCAAUUGAAUGUAUAUUCACUGAUUGUAUUUCUUCACCUUUUCAUCGUUCACCAUUGCUCAUGCGUCAUGGGUCUUUGCGAACACUUGACCCAUUAACACGACUGUCCUCAAACCUUUUAACACGGAUAUCUCUCCUUCCUCCUGCAGACUGUAAUACUAUGUUUGUUUUUGUUUUCACACAAACACUGAAAGAUUUUCACAAGUUUAUCUCACUUGAAUCUCCCAUGUUUUAGUUCUCUCACUUCUCCUGUCAAAUAUACAGUUCUGGGAGAAUAUUUUGUUGUGUGUUUGUUAUAUUACAAUAUAUUAAAAGUGAUAGCAAUAAAAAACCACAGCCGAGUAUGGUCUUGCAUACAAGCAUGUAAAUAAGCCUGGGUUUUAACGCAUUCGAACAAAUUCAGUAUCAGGAUCAGAUGAUGUGUAGUUGGAAAUUGAUAAUUGUUAAUUUAUGAUGCCACAAGUGCUUUCGUUCUACUCCGGUUAGAAUGCUGUGACUGAGAAUCAGUUUGUAUGUUAAUUGAAUGUUUCAUGGAAAAAAAAAUAUUCCUUGAAUCUUGUGUUAUAUUUGUAAAUAUGAUUAUUUGCCCUUUCAUAGAGGGCCUUAUUCAUUGAGGAAAUCGACAAAUACUAUGUGAAUAAUUGUUGAUUUUUCUCUUAAGGAGCUAUGACAUGAAGGGAUUUACCUGAUUUCAUAACCUUAAUACAUGUUUUAAUUAAUUAAUACGUAUUUUUGUAGAGCUGAACUGCAGGCCUUUCACUCGUGCAAGCUCUCAAUUCAAUAACUGCCUAAUGUUACAAUGAAAUCACUGAAAUAUGCUAUUUGAUGCCUUCAACUGCAGCACGUGAGGGAGAUGAUUUUCUUUUCCUUUUUUCUGUCUUUAAGAGUUGCCAUGUUUUCAGGGCAUGCUGUCGUCAAAAACGCAGCAAUAAGGUGACCUUGCACAGUAAGGUUUGUAUAUGUUGUCCCACAACAUAAUAAAUAAAUUUAUUGGAAAAAAAA